UAGGGUUUUUGACAGCCACCCUCUUUAACAGAAGAAGGUUUCAGGGUUUUACUUUAGCCGAAGCGCGGAGGAGAAGGAGGAGGUGGUCUCGCCGAAGCUCUCACUCCGGAACCAUGGGUAUCUCACGUGACUCGAUGCACAAGCGCCGUGCUACUGGAGGCAAGAAGAAGGCAUGGAGGAAGAAGAGAAAGUAUGAGCUCGGCCGUCAGCCUGCAAAUACUAAGCUCUCCAGCAACAAGACUGUAAGGAGAAUCCGUGUGCGAGGAGGCAAUGUCAAAUGGAGAGCUCUCAGGUUGGAUACUGGGAACUUCUCGUGGGGCAGUGAAGCCGUUACUCGCAAAACCCGUCUCCUGGAUGUUGUAUACAAUGCGUCAAACAAUGAGCUUGUUAGAACACAAACUCUGGUGAAAAGCGCCAUUGUGCAGGUGGAUGCAGCUCCAUUUAAGCAAUGGUACCUCCAGCAUUAUGGAGUUGAAAUUGAGAAGAAGAAGUCUGCUGUUGCUAAGAAGGAUACCCCAGAGGAAGGAGAAGGAACUACAGAGGAAGCAAAGAAGAGUAAUCAUGUUGCCAGGAAACUUGAGAAACGUCAGCAAGGUCGCACUCUAGACCCCCAUAUUGAAGAGCAGUUUGGAGGUGGGAGAUUGCUGGCUUGCAUAUCUUCCCGUCCAGGCCAAUGUGGCAGAUGUGAUGGGUACAUCUUGGAGGGUAAGGAACUUGAGUUUUACAUGAAGAAGCUCCAGAGGAAGAAGGGAAAGGUGCUGGCGCUGCUGCAUAAACAGUUUGUUGACAAGGCUCUUUCUUUUUUGGCUUUCGAUGAGAUCCGUUUUAGUUGGAACCUUUUUCAUCUGUCUAGGACAUAUAUGUUGGUUCCCUGUGUGCUAAUGCAAAUCUUUCGAGUUUUGCUUGGCAUAUCCGGUAUUUCAAGAUUUUGACAAUUUUUUAUACCUAUUACUAGUCAUUUAGUAUUUUUAUGGCGCGAGCCGAAGCAAACUGGUGUAGUGAAUGUUGAGUUUGGUGGAUCUGGAUACAAUUCAAUCCGGAGUUUUAUGAACUCUAAAUCUUGGUGUU